AUGUCCAUUUUGCGUAAUGGCAUCAGGUUCCUGAUUGAAAACGGGACAGUACGUGUCAGGUGGUUAGUCCUGAGUUACAAUGCCAUGAGCUUGGGCAGAGGGACAGUACCGUUUAGGGACUGUGGGGUCGCAUUCGACCCCAAGCCGCCAUCCCGGUUGCAAAUUUCGAGAGUUUUGUUUGUUGUUCCACAAAGGCUAAAGCCGAUAAAGGAUCUUCAGAACAAAGCCAAUACUCCUGAUAGUGUGAAACCAAAAGCAGAGAACUUUGAAGCCUGUUAUCUAGUUAAGAGAAGCCCCAUCUUGAAGUUGACAAAAUGGAGGCCAGAGUUAAAAUAG